AUGAAGAGGCGAACAGGAGAUAAUGGCGUCAGUUCACAGCCGAAAGAAAUGCCAUCAACUGUCGAAUGUUAUGAUGCUUGGUCGAGCACAUACGAUUCGGAUGGUAAUAUUCUUCAACUUCUCGACAAUGAUGCCUUCGAAGAAAUAGCUCAGCCUCUACUUAAUCUAAAUCAAAACAAAUUAUGCUGUGAAUUAGGGUGUGGAACAGGACGAAAUACCAUCAAAGUCUUAAGCUCAGAAUGGCUUGUGAUUGCUGUUGACGUCUCGACAUCAAUGAUGGCAAAAGCUCAACAACGUGUCAAACAACUCGAUAAAACUCGUGCUUCGUCAAUUUCUUGGAUAAUUCAUGAUUUGAAUGGAAAUGAUGAACUUUUCAUUAAUGAAUCAUCAGUCGAUGCAAUUAUCAGUACUCUUGUCAUCGAACACAUUGCUUCACUUGAUCAAUUUUUCCAAACGAUAUUUCGGAUCCUGAAGAAAACCGAUGAUAGCUGGGUUUUUAUCACCGCUAUGCACCCGAAUAUGUACCGAGCUGGUUCGCAAGCAGGUUUCGUCGAUGCAACUACCAAUCAGAAACUAUGUGGCGUUUCAUUCGACCACUCGAUUCAAGAUAUAGUUCAAGCUGCAGCGAAAGUCAAUUUGACAACAGCAAAAUAUCUCGAAAAAGGUGUGAACAGUGAGGAGCAUGCAAAUCAAUUGGGAUCUCGUGCAAAGAAAUGGGUCGGCACGAAUAUCCACGCAUCCUUUCUUUUCAAACUUCGAAUGAAUUAA